AUGGCGUCGUCCUCCCCUCCGUUUCAGACUCCCAGCAAGCGCAAACGUGGCCAGGAAACGCCGCUCACGCCCCUGAAGUUCACAUUCAGCCUCAGCCAAGAAGAUGCCGUCGAGGAUGGAGGAAAUAGCCCCCGAACCGCCGUCGCUCACCGCUUCAAGGGCCUGGAUCUACAGAGUGGCGGGGGUGGAGGGGUCGCCGGCGACGACGCCGAUGUCGCCGAUGAGCUGCUCCCCAAACGCCAAAAGCCUAACGAUCCCAUGACCGACGUGUCCGACGCAGCCGUGGUGUUUGGAGGCCCCGGCCCCGAAACAAUAGCAGACGACGAGCGGCUGGGGGCAGCCUGCAGGUUACCCGAGUCGCCCACGAAGACGGCGGCUGGCACGACAUCUCUCCUACAGGAUGUCGCGCGGCAAGACGCCCACGAUAGCGCCGGCGACGGUGACGACGGCGGGGAGCCGCACAUCGUUGAUCCGGUCCGCGCCGCGCUGACGUGGCACGAAGACGAAAUUACUAUCUACGACCCCGACGACAAGGAUGACGACGGCGUCGGCAUCAACGGCAUCGGCUUCCGGCCCACGCCGGCCAUUGCGCACGCGCGAUCCCUCCGGCGUAGGCAGCAAAUCACAGAGUACCGCAAGCGCGAGGAGAGCGAGGCGCGCGCGCGCAGAAACCAGCGGCGCCGCGAAGGCGAAGCACCGGCGGGCAUCGGCAAGGCGUCGCCUAGAAAGGUCCGCUUCAGCGAUUCGGAGCUUCGAAAUAUGGUCGUGACUAUAUAA